UUUCCGGAAGGCUGUGGCGGCAUCGCUUUCAAAGUGUUAGGCUCUGAACCGAGGGUGGAGGAGCUUCCUGCAGCCAAGCAGGCCCCGCAGAAGCCGCAGGCCCCGGAGGAAGUGAGCAGCUUGGCCCUGCCUCCCAGAGGGCCCCUGCUGACCUAGGGACCCAGAGCCUGCUUCUGUUUGGACCCCGGGGACCCCCGUUUGAGCUCCUUGUUGCUCAUUUGCUGGAGUGGAGGACACUGCCAGCACAGUGAUUUGCCCACCCGUAGCCAGCUCCCACCCUGCUUGGCCUGGGAGAAGAGACGCCCUCUGCUCCCUGCAUCCCCCAGGGCCGGCAAGGAGACAUGGAGGCGGAGACCUUGUACAACCUGCUGCAGCUUCCCAAGGAGGCCACACCGCCAGCAGACGAGGAGCUCCUGCAAGGACAGAAGAAGAAAUACCUGUCACCCACCUCCAGGACGGAUCCCAAGCUGGCGGAACUGCAGAAGGUGCUGAUGGAGUGGAUCAACACCCAGCUCCACUCCGAGCACAUUGUGGUCCGAAGCCUGGAGGAGGACAUGUUCGAUGGGCUCAUCCUGCACCACCUUUUCCAGAAGCUGGCCGCGCUCAAGGUGGAAGCAGAGGAGGUUGCCUUGACGGCUGCAAGCCAGAGGCGCAAGCUGGAGGUCGUCCUGCAGGCAGCCAACCAGAGUCUGCAGGUGGAGGAACCGCAGGUCAAGUGGAGCGUGGAGACCAUCUUCAACAAGGACCUGCUGGCCACCUUGCACCUCCUUGUGGCCCUGGCCAAGCGCUUCCAGCCUGACCUGCCCCUCCCGAGCAACGUGCAGGUGGAGAUGGUCACCACAGAGAGCACCAGGAGUGGCCUGAAGUCGAAGAAGUUGGUGGAACAGCUCACGGACUGCAGCACAGACAAGGACCAGCCUUCGAAGGACGUCUUUGAUGACUUAUUUAAGCUGGCUCCAGAGAAAGUGAGCGCUGUGAAGGAGGCCAUCGUGAACUUUGUCAACCAGAAGCUAGGCCGCCUGGGCCUGUCUGUGCAGAAUCUGGACACACAGUUUUCAGAUGGAGUCAUCUUACUCCUGCUGAUUGGACAACUGGAGGGCUUCUUCCUGCACUUGAAGGAAUUCUACCUCACUCCCAGUUCUCCUGCAGAAAUGCUGCACAAUGUCACUCUGGCCCUGGAGCUGCUGAAGGAUGAAGGCCUGCUCAGCUACCCCAUCAGCCCCGAAGACAUUGUGAACAAGGAUGCCAAGAGCACGCUGCGAGUCCUCUACAGCCUGUUUUAUAAGCACAAGCUGAAAGAAAGCACAGAUGGGAUGCCCUGUGGCUCCCUGAAUUAGCCAUCACUGCCCCCCAAAAGCUGCUUCUCAGAGCCUGCCUGCAGUUCCAUCUAGGGGCCCAAGGACUGCAGAGAGAUCCCCGCCACCUCCUUCCUCCCCAGCCAGCCAGCCCUGGGGCCACCGGCCUUUCCCUGUGUCCACAGCACGCCUACCCCACCCGCCCACCCCCAUUCCUGUCUCCUGUUUCCAUCUGUCUGAACAUCUUUGAACUCACUAGGCAUGGAUCGUUUUGAGCCGACCUCUGGCUUCACUCAGUUUAUUUUAACAAAUGUAUUUCUGGGAGGGAUUUUGGGAGCCUCCUGGUAUCCUGGGGAGGGGAUUCAAAUAUGCGUAAAUAUGGCUGAGCCCCCUCACAGCCUCCCUCCCCAGGGAGCCUGGUGGGAGACACACAGCAUCUCAUGGCUGAUGGCGCCCCCGGGGACGGCCAAGAGCCCACAGGCGCAGGCCUCCACCGGCUCGCGGGCGGGUGCUGAGGCAGGAGGGGCUCUCGGGUGGCUGUGCUGAUGGCCGGAGGCCCCUGCCUGCUACACUCAACUACUGGUGCCUGCCUGCCUCUCCCUUGGGGGGUGGCCCCAGAAUCACCUCUGAGGGGUAGGAGCCCCACGUGGCUCCAAACAAGCCCCCGCGCGCUGCUCAGGGAAGUUCCUUCAGUUACUGGCCAGAGGAGCCGUGGCCCAGGCUCACCCCUACGGCUGCACGGUGAGCGCGCCCAGAAGUCACGAAGCAGGCUGUGCAGUAAGGGGGUCAGAUCCCGGGAGGUGCCGCCGCUGACUCCGGAGAGACUCGGUACUUGCUGCAUACACUCCUCCAAGGAAAGUCUCUGCAGGAGGACUAACACAGUGGUUCUGGGAGCGGACAUCUGGACCCAGCCAGGCAGAGGGGAGUCGGGUGAGGCCGGCAGGCGCCCCAGGCUGCCACUGGACUCCCCACCCCACCCCAUUCUCCAAGCCCUAACUCCCGCUGGAGGACAGAGCCUGCUAGAUCUGUGGCUGUCACAGCUGGACAGUUUUGGAUUUGGGGAGACGUUUUAGCGUAGGGGGCCAGCGUGAGCCAGGCAGUCUUUGCCAGACCAGCUGGUGGAGCUUAGGAGAAUGUCCUGCUGGGAAUGACAUCAGGAGCCCUUGGAGUUGGUGUCUGAGUGUGAGAGGUCUUGAGAGGUCUUCCCAUCAUCCCCCAUCCACCUGUCCCUGUCACCUCCUGAUUCACAGAUAAUUAGGCUUAGAUGAGGUCAUGAGGGUGAAGCCCCAUGAUGGAAUUGGUGUCCUUAUAAGGACAGGAAGAGACCAGAGCUCUCUCUCUGUCCUGGGAGGACACAGCAAGAAGGUGGCCAUCUGCAAGCCAGGAAGUGAGUCCUCACCAGGAACUGAAUUUUUUGGCACCUUGAUCUUGGACUUUCCCACCUCCGGAACUGUGAGAAAUAAAUGUCUGUCAUUUGA